AUGGAUCGAAUAAGCCAAGAAUCUCACGUUCCUCCCUCUGCUUCCUGCAGCGAUAGCGAUGAGGAGCCCGCCGUUGUUUUCUGGUAUACGGGAGGCAAAUCAGAAGACAUUCCACGUAGAGUGACCCAUAUCCAAAUUGAUCCUUCCGUUGAAGGAAUUCCCUUUGGAGCAUUCCAAGGCUUGCUUCAUUUGAUCGAGAUUCGUCUUGAUGACCGAAACAACAGUACCUUGAGACGAAUAGGCCCACGUGUCUUCUUCUCGUGUUCGGCUCUGAAGCAGGUUGCCAUUCCUCAGCUGGUGAGAUCCAUCUCCAACAGCACCUUUAGUCGUUGUGUAAGGCUACGACAGGUCACAUUUCCAGAAGGCCUGGUGGAAAUUGGCAGUGAUGCCUUUAAUGGAUGUGUCUCUCUUGGCAUAGUACAAUUUCCGAGUACUCUCUUGAGGAUUGGACCUUCCGCGUUCAAAGGAUGCAAUGGACUCCAAGAAGUGGAUCUUCCCCUUGCUCUGAAAGAAAUCUCAUUUGGUGCCUUUCAAGAUUGCAUGUCUUUGCAAAUGAUUGCUAUCCCACCUAUGGUCCAGAAUAUUGUGAACAACGCCUUUGACAAUUGCCAGUCGUUGGGAACUGUAAAACUAUCAGAAGGAGUUCGAAUGAUUGAUACCUAUGCAUUUCGUUUGUGCCGCAGUCUUCGCUCAGUUGCCAUUCCAUCAAGCAUGUUCAAGAUUGGCCGUGGAGCUUUUUCGCAAUGUCGGAGCUUGGAAACGGUCGAGUUUGCCAAAGGGAACCUACAAAUAUUGAAUGGCCUGGCCUUUGCUGAUUGUCCAAAGCUGUGCCACGUGGCUUUGCCAGGCACGAUCAACACGCUCUACAGCAAUAGCUUUGAAGGAUGCGAGACGUUGCAAUUGCUUCCUCGGUCAGAUCCAGACGAAAACCUCACGGAUUUCUUGAGCAAGCGUUUUGAAAAUUUACCAGUUCACAACCUCUGCUACUUGAAUGUGCAUCGACCAGUUUCUGAAACUCUUGAAGCCAUUCAAGUUUUUGAGGAAGCGUCGUUUGCUCUCAACAAGCACUGUGAUUGCCUAGGUAUGACUCCGUUUCACAUCCUUGCCGCCUCUUCGCGGCCGAAUCUUUCACUCUUUGAAGCACUGUCAUUGAAGUACCCCCAAGAGCAUUGGAACCAAUCCGACCUGGUAAAGGGUACGCCGAUGACACAUCUAAUUCUCAAUCCGGCGCCCGAGUCGAAUGCUAUUAUUCAGAACAUUGCUCGCACAGUCCUGCAUAACCGACUCGCUGCUCUUGGAUCGGAGCAGUGGAGACUGCAAGUAGAAGACUUGAUCGAUGCAUCGUCCGUGGCUCCAGUGCCGGAACGACUGAAACUCUUUCAACACAUGCUCCAACGCUUUCGAUGGUGUGAACAAAAAGAGGCUUGCUCCCUUUUGGAGCAGGUAGUCUGGAAAGUGAAGAUUCAACAGGCGACCUUAAAAUCAGGAGAAUGGAGGGACGAUGAAUGCAAGGAAAUGCGAGAAAGUGCAUUAAUUGCGGAGCAGAGAUUGUGA